CCGGGGCCGUGGAGAGGCGAUGCCCCUGCCAGGCCGGAACCGGCAUCGGGACGGGGCCGAGGGGCGCGGGCACAGCUUGGAUGAGGCUGUGGAAAGCGGAGAGGAGGGGGUUGGCGGCGGCGCCGUCAUCCCCAGGCCGGUUCUGGAUCCCGGGCGGGUGGGGGGAAGAGAAGGGGCAGGGGCUGCUCGAGACCCCUUCCAGUGCUGCCGCUUUGCUGUGGGGCGGUGGGAUCCCGAUCGGGGCCUCUGGUUUCCCCACGCCGGGCCCCGCGUCUCCUGUCCACCUGCUGGGUGGUGUCACCGGCUAAAAAUACCCCGCGGCGGCAGCUGGUGUCAGUGGAGGUGGAGCCGCAGAGCCGGUGCAUCGGGACGGCUCUCUCAAAGUCCCCCAGCUACAGGUUGGAGGGACUGGCUGGCACCGGGACCAUGGCUCUCGCGGUCACAUCCCGCUGGUGCUGGGAGCUGGGUCGUGUCCCGCUGUUCUUGCGUUCGCUGGUCUGUCCCCUUGCAGGUAGCACUGGACUGUCCCUAUGGCGGAGAAAUUGGAUCCCCGAGAUUCAGAGAGCAGCUGGGUGAUGGCGGGCACUGAGGUCUGACAAUGAGGAUCUGCAGGAGGAGGAUGAAGGCACCCAGGACACAGUCACAGGCAGGCAGCCACAGUGGGUAUGAGGCAAGCCUGGUGUGACCUUCUUGUGGCACUGUCUCAUCCCCAUGCUCUGCCUCUCCCCAGCCAUGGCCACCAACGGUGUGACUACCUUCUCCAGCCAGACCUUGUGCCUUGAGGGUAGCAAGCAGGGGUGCCUGUGUCUGCAGAGCCCAGAGGAGUGUGAGGACUUCAGCACAUGGGCAAUGCCUGCCUUGGAUGGCUCUGCAGAGCCCAGGACAUUGGAGGGCGAUGAGCAGGAGGAGAUAAAUGCUGAGGCUGAGCCACAACCUUUCCCUGACACCCCCCAAGCAGAGCCAGCAGUGGAGGACGUGUGCCACACCAGCAGUGACAAUAGCAUGGAGGGGCUGCGGUGGCGGCAGGGCCACAAGCCCCAUCCUGGGCACCCCACUGUCAUGCCUGCCCCACACCAGGGGACAGCAGACACCAGUGAUGACGGGCUCAGUAUGAGCAAGUACCUGCUUGGUGUCUUGGCGUUGCUUGCUGUGGGGCUGCUCAUUAUCACUGGUGGUAUCUAUGACAUGGCAGAUGGCCCUGUGGAGAGUGUGGAGAGCUGGGACUUGGCUGCUGGGGAGCAGGAGUCGCUGUUGUCCAUAGACAGCAAUGACUCACAGCAGAAGUCCCCUCUGCCAGAUGCUGGGGGCCCGCAGAGCAUGCAGUCUAUGAGCCAACUCCUGGACAAGCUGGCCAAAGAGAACCAGGAGAUCCGGCUCAUGCAGGCGGAAUUACAGGCCCACAAAGAAGAUCUGCGGGCACUGCUGCACAAGAGUGAGCGUGAGUUGGCAGCAGCCGAAGCACAGCAGCAGAGUCUGGCUGCAGAAAAUGCGCGGCUUCGUGCAGCGCUGGAGCGGGAAGUCAUCGCACUGCGGGAGGCCCGGGCUGAGCUGCGGCACUUGCAGGCCACAGGGGCACCAGGCAGCACCAGGGAGCCAACAGCAGAGCAGCCACGUGCCACAGGUGCGCCAGUGCACAGCAAGGCCGCAGCACGGCAGCACGGCAGUCUGAAUUCAUUGCGGCAGGAGCUAGCAGACACCCUGGACCAUAUAAAGGGCUCUGAGGAUUUCAAGGGGCUUGUGGAGGAACUAAGCACCCUGGAUCAGCACCUGGCCCAGGUGCUGGAGGCAGAGGGGUUGGGGUCCUUCUCCACACCCUGGAAGAAGCCAUUCAAGGUGAAGAAGGAGAGCAGGUGGCACAAACAGCAUGCCAUUAAGGGGUCCCCCCACAAGCAGGAGAGGAGAGAGCAUGGCAAACCCCACAAGAAGGAUCCCCAAACCUCCUGUGAACACAAGCCAGGCAAAGCCUGUGGGAAGGUGUCUCACAGACACCCCCAGCAUAGUUCCCAUGAGGUGCCCCAGCUCAGGCAGUACCGGGCACCACAGGGCUGUUCUGGGGUGACUGACUGUGCCCAGAAGGAGGGCCAGGAAGUUCUUGGGGCUGCACUGGAGCCAGUGCAAAAGGUGCAGUUCCUGCAACUGCUGGAGACUUUCAUGGGGCAGUUGGGCUUGGGGGGACAAUAUAGGAGACUGGCAUCGCGGCUUGAUGGGGCCUUUAGGGCUGACGGUGUCUUUGCCCAUGACCGCCUGCGGUUUGUCGAUUUUGUGGAUGAUGUGGAGGAGAUGCUUGAGGAGGUAGCGUGGCAGGAGUUGGGCGACAAGGAGGCGGUUGAUGACUUCGAGGAGUACAUGCUGCAGCACUACAGUGGCACCUCCAGGAAGAUGUGGAGCCAGAGAGCCCCAAGGCAGCAUGGCAAGCAAGGGUAGAGCCAGGGGGCCAGUGUUGUAGUGUGCCAGCACCCCCACACAAGGGCUCCCCACGUGCUGUUCAUGGGCGUCUUGGGGCUACCAUUGCACCCUGUAGGGUCAAGUAGGGCCACAUCCCCAACCAAAUGCACUGUGUGAUGCUGCAUCAUGAAUAAAGUCACCGCUGGGCAUA